AUUCGCAUAACAGGCACAGCAUCGACUUGCAUCGACUUGUACCUUCAAUCUCAUUCGUGAAAAUUAGACAUUUGUUAUCCUAUUCGAUCACUAGAAACCAUUGACCUCGCUAUUGUUGCAUCGCUGGAGGAAGAAGCCUGGCAUCUGGCCGCCUCACACUGUCUAUCAGACCCAACAUGUCCCUCGAUUUUGGCCUCACGAAUGUCCACGUCUUAAUCACCGGUGCUGCAGGUGGCAUUGGUCUGGAAACGGUGCAUACUUUUCGCCAGCUCGGGGCAAGGAUUACGGCUCAUUACAAUUCCAACGCUGGAGAGCUGCAAAACAUCCCUGGCAUUGUAUGCGUGCAGGGGGAUGUUCGGGAUGAGAGUUCGGUAGACAGACUUUUGACAGAAGCAGCGGAGAAAAAUGGAGGCCCGGUAAGCGUACUCGUCGUCAAUCAUGGAGUCUGGCCCACAAACGACACAGCAAUCGCAGAUAUGGAUCUCAAGCAAUGGAACAACACAGUGGCCAUCGACCUAACAGGCCCCUUCCUACUUUGUCGAGCCUACCUGCGAGCCCUGCGCACAGCCUCGGAUGCGGUGAAGGAAACGGCGAGCAUCAUCUUCAUCGGCUCGACGGCGGGCAAGUUCGGCGAAGCGCAGCAUGCAGACUACGCCGCGUGCAAAUCGGCGCUGAUGUACGGGCUGACGCCGUCGCUGAAGAACGAGAUUGUGAUGAUUGCACCGCGGGGGCGCGUCAAUUCCGUCAACCCAGGAUGGGUCAAGACGCCGAUGGCGGAGGAGAAGUUGAAGGACCGGGCAUUUGUGGAGAGGGCGCUGGCUACCACGCCGGUGCAAAAGGUUGCUACGCCGGCGGACAUUGCGCGGCAGGUGGCGGUGAUUGCGAGUCCGGCGUUGAGUGGGCACGUCAACGGGAUGAACAUUAUGGUCGAUGGUGGCAUGGAGGGCAGGCUGCUAUUUCCACCCUCCAAUGCGCAAUGAGAGGGUCUCCGACGCAUAUCGUGAUUAAUGGAGGAGGUUGUGAUUACGUCAGCACAGUCACGUGCAUCUCUGGCUCGCGCAAAGGUGGCUGGCAAGGCAGAAAGUAAACCCGCGCCGAAACCAGUGGCAGAUACGAAGACAGAGCAACUACACUGUCCGCGCGGGUAAAUGCAAUCCCAUCCCUCCCUCAAAGUGCGG